GGAAGCAGCUGCAUGACAGAAACCUGCAGUUCAAUGCUGCACCAACAGUGAAUAUGGGAUCGGGGUGCAGGAUGAAGAGGACACAGCCGUGGUGGUUGUUUACCUCAGUGGCUUUUAUUUCUGUGAUUUCUAGGACAGCAGCAUCUCCAAUGAAGGUGAUGUCUGCCCCCAAUCUGCUGCGGCUGGGAAGACCACAAAACAUCUUUGUGGAGUGCCAAGAUUGCCCCAGUGAGAACAACUUCUCUGUCAGCAUCAGUGUGAUGAACUGGCCAACCAAAUCUAAGAGGCUUGCACACGCCUCUGUGAACCUCAACCCUGCAAACAGAUUUCAAGCCUUUGCGGAAGUUGAGAUUCCUGCUGACGACUUCAUUCGCAGUCCAAACUUAAAGCACUAUGUGUAUCUGCAAGCUCAGUUCCCAGAUGUAAAGCUGGAGAAAGUCGUCCUUUUGUCAUUGCAUGCCGGCUACAUCUUUAUCCAGACGGACAAAGCGCUCUACACACCCAACAGCAAAGUUCAUUACAGGAUAUUUGCGAUGACGCCUGACAUGAAGCCUGUAGAGAGGAAUAACAUGACCCAGAUGGACGCUUCUGUUGCCAUUGAGUUUGUGACCCCUGAAGGUGUCAUUCUACCACUGGAUCCAGUCGCUCUGAGGUCAGGAAUUCAUUCUGGAGAUUUUCAACUUGCUGAAGUUGUCAGUGUUGGACUUUGGAAAAUUGUGGCAAGGUUUCCAAGUAUACCACAGAUGAGCUACUCUGCAGAGUUUGAAAUCAAAGAAUAUGUGCUGCCCAGUUUUGACGUUAAACUGAUACGCCGAAAUUCGUUCUUCUUUUCGGACAGCAAAGAACUCCACGUAGACGUCAAAGCCACGUACAUGUUUGGUGAAGAUGUUCAAGGUUCCGCAUAUGGAGCUUUUGGAGUUGUGCUUCAAAAUCAAAAGAAGAGUUUUCCCAGCUCACUUCAGAGAGUGCCGAUUGAGAAAGGAGAAGGAGUGGUGACCCUGAAGAGAGAACACAUCACUCAGGCCUUUGAAAACUUCACAGAUCUUAUGGGGAGCUCCAUAUUUGUGGCGGUCAGCGUGCUGACAAGCGACGGUAGUGAGAUGGUGGAGGCAGAGCUGAGAGAUAUUUAUAUUGUCAUAUCACCGUAUAUCGUCCAGUUCACCAAAACACCCAAAUAUUUCAAACCAGGAUUAUCUUUUGAUUUUGCGGUUGAGGUUCUGAAUCCCGACGGCACUUCAGCACAAGGAGUUCCUGUUGCGAUCGAUGAAGCUGAGGUUGAAGGCGUUACUUCCGCCAACGGCAUGGCGAGACUUUCAAUCAAUACCUUGGAAAACGCUGGACCACUAAAAAUCACAGUAAGGACCAAAAAUCCUCGAAUUUCAGCUGAACGACAAGCAUCGGCAAGCAUGACUGCUCUCCCUUAUCGCUCAACAAGCAAAAACUAUGUCCACAUUGGAGUGACAACAGCAGAAGUAAAACCGGGAGAUAACCUGAAAGUGAACAUCAACCUCAACAAACAGGACAAUCCAGAAAAUGACGUGACAUACUUGAUCCAGAGCAGAAGUCAGUUAAUAAAGCAUGGACGCUUUAGAGUGAAAGGUCAAGUGAUGGUAUCCAUGACCCUCACUGUUACCAAGGAGAUGCUGCCAUCAUUCCGCAUCCUGGCCUUCUACCAUCCAAAUGACAACGAGGUGGUGUCAGACUCAGUCUGGGUGGAUGUGAAGGACUCCUGCCUCGGCUCGUUGAAACUAGAGCCACUGAAACUCUCCGCCUCCUAUGAGCCUCGGAAGAAGUUUAACCUGAAAAUCACAGGAGAUCCUGAGGCCACAGUGGGGCUGGUGGCUGUGGACAAAGGCGUCAUCGCUCUCAACAAGAAGUACCGUCUGACACAGAAAAAGGUGUGGGACACAGUUGAGAAUCACGACAUCGGCUGCACACACGGCGGAGGAAAGGACAGUAUGAGUGUGUUCUACGAUGCCGGGCUGUUGUUUCAGUCCAACUUACAAUCCGAGACGCCGUCCAGACAGGAGCCGACGUGCUCAGCUCUCCGGAGGAGGAAACGGGACACUGCCCUGAUGAACGCCACCACCGAAUUAUUGAGUCAAUAUGACAACCACCUGCAGCGUGACUGUUGUUUGGACGGCACGCGGGAGACCACAGUUUCGUAUUCCUGUGAGCGUCGCAGCGAGUACAUUUUGGACGGUGAGCCCUGCGUCGAGGCUUUCCUGCACUGCUGCCAGGAGAUGGAAAGAAAACGAGCCGAGAGGAGAGAGGAAAACCUUAAACUAGCUCGCAGUGAGAGUGACGACAGCAGCUACAUGGACACCAAUGAUAUUGUCUCUCGCACCAAAUUCCCUGAAAGCUGGCUGUGGUCCGAUGUCAAAUUGCCAGCAUGUCCUGCAGACAAGCCUAACUGUGAAGCAACCUCCUUCGUAAAGAAUAUGGCUCUGCAAGAUACGAUCACAACAUGGCGGUUCGCAGGAAUUGGUCUCUCCAAAACUGGUGGCCUCUGUGUGGCCGACCCUUUGGACAUUGUUGUCCGAAAGGACAUCUUCAUUGAUCUCAGACUGCCCUACACAAGUGUUCGAGGAGAGCAGAUAGAAAUUAAAGCUGUUCUGCACAACCAUAAUCCUGAGCCUGCCACUGUGCGCGUGCAUCUACUUGAGACAGAACAUGUGUGCAGUGCAGCUUCUAAGCGUGGAAAUUAUCAACUGGAGGUCAAAGUUGGAGCCUCAAGUACACGAGCAGUUCCCUUUGUUAUUAUUCCAAUGAGAGAAGGAGAUUUCAACAUCGAGGUCAAAGUGGCUGUGAAGGACUCUGAACAGGGUGACGGAUUUAGAAAAACGCUGCAUGUUGUGCCUGAAGGCAUUCUGAUAAAAUCUCCUCUAACUAUAACGUUGGACCCUGAAAACGAAGGAAAAGAUGGCAAACAAGUGCAGCUGCUCCGCAGUAACAUUCCUCUGAUAGACAUCAUACCGGACUCAACUACCAGCACGCAAAUAGCAGUUACAGGAAAAAAGCCUAAAGAAGAGCUGAAGAACGCCGUCACUGGAGAGUCGAUGAGCAGUCUGAUCUACCAACCGUCUGGUUGUGGAGAGGAAAACAUGAUCCACUUGACAAUGCCCGUCAUUGCAACCACGUAUUUGGACAUGACCUACCAGUGGGAAGCCGUGGGGGUCGAGAGACGGGAUGAAGCCCUGCAACACAUCAUAACUGGUUAUCGUAAUCAGCUAAGCUACCGUAAAGGAGAUGGAUCUUUUGCUGGAUAUCCUGAUCAUGACAGCAGCACCUGGCUGACGGCGUAUGUUGUCAAGGUGUUCUCCCUGGCCCACAGACUGGUGGCCAUUGAAAGCAAAGUCAUCUGUGAUGCCGUCAACUUUUUGAUUCACAAUGCGCAGCAGUCUGAUGGGAUGUUCAGAGAAGUUGGAAAAAUGUCCCACGUAGAGAUGAUUGGUGAUGUCGGCGGCACAGAUUCGGACGUCUCCCUGACAGCCUUUUGCCUCAUUGCCAUGCAGGAGUCAAGCGGAUUAUGUAGUGCCAAUAGUUUACAAGACAGCAUAAACAAAGCAGUGAGCUACCUCCAAAAGCGCCUUCUGACCUUAAUCAACCCAUAUGCCGUUGCCAUGGCGUCAUAUGCCCUGGCCAAUGAAAACAAACUGAACCUGGAGAUCCUGCACAGAUUUGCCUCUCCAGAUCUGUCCCACUGGCCUGUACCAAUGGGUCGUGUUUACACACUGGAAGCCACAGCAUACGCCCUUCUGGCUCUGGUCAAAGUCAAGGCCUUUAAUGAAGCUUGGCCGAUUGCGAGGUGGUUCAACAAGCAGCAAAGAGAAAACGGAGGCUUUGGAUCAAUUCAGGCCACUGUGACAGUGUACCAGGCCGUGGCAGAGUUCUGGACCAGUGAACAGAACCCAGGCUAUGAUCUAAAUGUGGACAUCUUGUUGCCGGGCAGAUCAAAACCUGUAAAAUACAACUUCAACAGGAGGAACCACUUUGCCACAAGAACAUCUAAAAUCAAUAAUAUAAACCAAGAUGUGACUGUCGUUGCUACAGGCCUAGGAGAAGCCACAGUGACGAUGGUGUCGUUGUUUUAUGCUUUACCUAAAGAAAAGCAUAGUGAUUGUCAGAAGUUCAAUAUGACAGUACAACUCCUCCCAGAAAAAACAAGUGAGGCUGAGAAGAUAUACAACAUGAGAAUACUGCUUUUAUAUAAGAACAAAUAUCGAGAUGCCGCCAUGACAGUUUUGGAUAUUGGUUUGCUAACCGGCUUCACUGUUAACACCAAAGACCUAAACCUUUUAUCUAAAGGUCGUGCCCGCACUAUCUCAAAAUACAAGGAGAUUAUCAGUGACUCAGAAAGAAGCUCAAUCAUCAUCUACAUGGACAAAGUUUCACACACAAAACCAGAGGAGAUCAUUUUUAGGAUUCACCAGAAGCAGGUAGUGGGAGUACUGCAGCCAGCAGCUGUGUCUGUUUAUGAGCACGACAGCCCUCAGUAUGAGACACGCUGUGUGAGGUUCUACCAUCCAGAAAGGGAGGCUGGAAAGCUGCUGCGGCUCUGCAAAAAUGAUGAAUGUAUUUGUGCUGAAGAGAACUGCAGUAUGCAGAAGAAGGGCAAAAUUGACGACGACGACCGGACAGAGAAGAUUUGUGAGACUGAACUGAACAGCAAAAUAGACUUUGCUUACAAAGUGACAGUGGAAGAGUUUGCAGACGGUUUGUCCACCGAUAUUUAUACAGCGCUUGUGCUUGAUGUCAUCAAAGAAGGAAGUUCAGAUGUGGGUCUUCAGAAUAAAAGGCGCACAUUCCUCAGUUUCCGGCACUGCAGAGAAGCUUUGGACAUAAAAAUAGGUCAAAAUUAUCUCAUCAUGGGCACCGCCAAAGAUAUUCACGCUGAUGAACCCAAUCAUUCGUACCAAUAUGUACUCGGUGAGCGGACCUGGAUUGAGUACUGGCCCACCGAAGCAGAGUGUGGAAAUAAGAAAUACAACGCCACAUGUGCUGGCAUGGAGGCAAUGGUCAAUCAGUACACUCUCUUUGGGUGUCGACAGUAAUAAAACAAGUGAAUGCUUGAAUAAGAUUUCUGCUUUUCAAAGUUUACUGACACAUAAGAGUCUAUGUUGUGCCAUUUCAAUGAAAUAUGAAAGCUUCAGUGUAAAAAGAGUCAAUUUUGUUAAAUCAAAUAAACAUCUUUCAAGUAGGA